AUGAACCCGCGCCUGCGCUUCUCCAUGGCCGCACUGCAGGCCGCCAUCCAGCAGCAGCAGCAGCGGGCGCUGGAGCAGCAGCAGGCAGCGGCGCAAGCACAAGCAGCCGCAGGGGGUGGGGAGGUGGCGGCGCCAAGCGGUGCAGGGAGCAGCAGCGGAGCGGGGGUGAGUGGCAAGGCGAUGGACCCUCUAGACAACCCCGCGUGCAUGGACGCGUGGGUGCAGCGCUACCUGCGCUCGCCCGCCGUCUACAGGACCCUCCGUGCGCCCGCUAUCCGCGCCUCCCAGUGGAGCCUCUGCUCCAACAGCAUAGACUACAGUGCGACCAACCAGGGCAGCGACAUCAUCCCCACCAUCGCGGCGCUGCUGGACCACCCCAUCCGCUUCUGGAUCUUCUCGGGCGAUGCGGACAGUGUGGUACCGUUCACGGGCACGCGCGUGUGGAUAGACAUGCUGGGGCUGCCCGUCAUGCAGCCGCAGUACCCCUGGCUCAUGCCCUCGGGCCAGGUGGGCGGGUGGGCGACGCAGUAUGACAAGCUAACAUGGGUGACAGUGAGGGGGGCGGGGCACCAGGUGCCCACAGGCAGGCCCGAGGAGGCGUUUGUGCUCUUCCAGUCCUUCCUCCUCGCCCAGCCCCCACCCAGCACUGUUCAAUGGUGA